CAGCAUUUGGAGAGACAGUGCAAACUCACAGAGCUUUCACAGCACUGCUAAGAGAAAAGCGGGAGAGUCAGCUCUGGAUGAUGGGGAAGAUGCAAUGGGGUCUGUACAGGAUAUUUUUCUUGGUGACUUUAAUGUUGCAACUUGGAUGGAUAAACGUUGGUUACUGCUUGCACAGAGAGGGUGGCAGCAGGGGUGGGAGGAGACAUUGGGAGAGGCAGGUCCAAUCAUCCUCCAGUUUGGACGAGCUACUGAGACUCACGGAUUUUCCUGACUGGAAGCUGUGGAAAUGUCGUAUGAGGUUGCAGCCGCCACAGGUUCCCAGAGAGGUUUUCUCCUUUCCACCUAUGGUUGGUUCACACCGCUCCACACGCUAUGCUGCAGAAUCUUACAGCCUGGAAAUACUUAAAGCCAUAGAUGAAGAGUGGCAGCGUACUCAGUGUAUGCCCAGAGAGACGUGCAUCGAUGUGGCCAAGGAGCUGGGAACUGACCCCUCAGUUUUCUUCAAGCCACCCUGUGUGUCUGUCUAUAGGUGUGGUGGUUGUUGCAACCAAGAGGGCAUCACCUGCAGGAAUACAUCUACUGUAUAUGUGAAUAAAACAGUUUUCAGUAUAAUCCCUUUUAAAUUUGUGCCAGAACCAAUGCUGAUAAAAGUAGCAAAUCAUACUGCAUGCAGAUGCAUGGAGCCUGCAAUAAUUCGACGUAACGCGCAGCAACACAGGAGCAGUGGCUGCCCUCUGAUGGGACAGAUCUUGGAAGCAAAGGACUCCAGGAGACUUUGUGCCAGUGGGUGGAUUUGGGAUUUUUCAAGUGAAAGAUGCAUACCUUACCCCUUCAGUGCUCCAGAGUUUCCCCUCAGUUCCUGGAUGUCCGACUGUGAGAUAGACGCAGAGCGCUGUGAAUGUCUGCCUAGACCUGAGCCGAUUCUGCAGCCCAGACCCCUCUAAUCUAAGGUCUUCCAUGGACAUCCACAGAAAACAAAGUUUCAUAAAGCCUCAUGCAGGUAGAGGUUUAUUCUGGUAUUUUAGCUUCCCUUUAUUAGCUUCCUGUUAAAUCCAGAACAUAAUUCAAAAUUAUCCCUCUCAAGUAUAAAGCCCUUGAUAACCAAGCUCCAUCUUAUAUCAGUGACCUGAUUGUUCCUUAUGUUGCUAAAAGAGCACUUUGCUCUAAAUUUGCAGGUCUACUAGUGAUUCCUAGAUAUUGCUGUCAAGUCUCCUGUUUUUGCCGUUAAAUUUCAGUAUUUUACCCCUUUUUCCUGCCGUCCUCCUGCAUUAGCAGUCUCCCAUAAAUGUCAUGUAUUGAAUUAUUGUAUUAUAGAAUUAUAUAUAUUAAAAACAUUUGAUCUGCCUCUCCAAACAGAGCUGUUGCUAGCAUCAAAAGUCAAAAUCUGAUCACCUUAUUGUAGUUUGCAAAUGGCUUACAAAUGUUAAGAUUUCUUGUACACAUGUCUUAAAAUACACAGAAUACUAGAGCUUGGUUGUGGUAGUCAGAUU